UAAUGACUCCAAAGAUCAACUCAGCAGCUAUGAAGCUUCAGCUGCAGCUCCUGAGUUUCUGCCUUCUGUGUAUGACUGGAAAAUCACUCUGCGAUAAAAACGGACCAGCGGCCAUCACAGUGUUGGUGUCAGAAGGGAGUGAUGUUACGUUACCCUGUUCCCUCAGCACCAAGGAGAACAUCGAGCAGAAACUCUUUGACUGGAGGAAACAUGAUGGUAUGAUGGGGGUGUUCAUGUAUGAUGAAGGCCUCCAUUACAACAAUGGUGGUUCAGGUCAAGAUGAGCAGUUCAAAGGUCGAGUCUUUCAUUUCCAAGAUGAGCUGAAACACGGCAACGCCUCCAUCAUCAUCAGAAAUACAAAGAUGGCUGACAGUGGAGACUACACCUGCUUUUUUCCACUUCUUCAGACGCCUCAAAUAUUCCACAUUGAUCUUGUUGUUGUUUCGUCUCUAAAGCCAAACAUCAGAAUACUUGGUACCACAGAUGAUGGAGUGCAGCUGCAGUGUGAGGUUCAUGGUGCUUCUCCAAAACCUAAAGCAGAGUGGAAGGACAGUGCUGGAAACAUCCUUCCUGCUGAGGAGACACAGGUCACAGACAGAGGAGGCAGCUAUGACAUCAUCCUCCAAACUACUGUGACAAGGACCGACCACUAUCGCUGUGUGGUCACACAGGAGGAAAUCAACCAUCAGAUUCAUGCUGACAUAUAUGUGUAUAUCACUGGUAAGUUUCCUCCUUGA